GAUCCGCUGUAUAUAGGGUUUAGUAUACAGUGUAGUCCGCCCCAUACAAGAUGUCCUUGAAGCACACGGACUGGUGUACAGGGGGAACCCACGUGUGAUACCUUCCGGGUUGUGUAUAUGUGUGUGUACGACCAGGACCCAGGCCAUGACGAUAGGAUGCAUGGUUGGAGGUGAAGAUGAGUUUAGUAGUGGAGGGAGUAACAAUCCAACCCUCCAGGAAAUGAACCCGAAUCACGGCUACAGUCAGGGCUUCUACAGCCAACCAGGGGCUAACUUUGGACCUGGGGCUCAAGGGGUCCAUGGAUACCCCAGUUCCAUGUCCCCCUACCCAGGGGCGCACAGCGGUCCAAUGUCCCCCUAUAGUCAGAACCAGGGGCAGUCCCCCAAUAGUGGACAAUCAAUGUACCAAAAUCAAAACUCGCAAUAUGGAAACCAGGGCCAGUCUUCCCCCUACCCCGGAGCUGGUGGAUACCCUCCUCCUCCACCUUCAUCCUCAUCCUCUCAUCCUCCAGGACAGUUCCAUCCUCAUCAAUCAAUGCAGUUCUAUAACAACCAAUCCCCCACACACAACGUGCAGCAUCACUACUCCUUCGGAGCAGGGGGAGGACAUAUACGACAUCCCUCCCCUGACCAUGGGCCUCGAGGAAAUCCUGGAGGGUCAGGAGGUCCUCAUCCCAUGGGAAUGAUGAUGCCAGGAACAAGAAUACCUCAUCCAAUGAACUCACCGAAUCAAAAUAUGACUGGGAACCAAAUUAAGACGGAAAGCGUUGAUCUCAAGGUGGGUGGAACCUAUGCCGCCAUCCCUCAGGGUUAUUCUCAAUCAGGGUUCGGGUUUAACGGAUACGGGAGUAGCGGAGUUCAACCUCGUCCCAUCCUGUCCCCCAUGUCUCCCCACGGGAGACUAAACAUAUCACCCGGAGCAGGAGGAGCUCCAAACCAGUCUCCAGGAGAUGCUCCGAACCUCUCUCCCCACUCUGGACACCCAGGAAGCAACAAUAUUUACUCCGGGUCCCAGCCUAGCCCUGGUAACAACACUAUAUCUAAUAUAUCCUCUCAAACCUCAAAUUUCCCCUCUCAGCCUCCUUUCGGAUACGAUUACUAUAGUAAACAAAACCCUCACAUGCAGCCUAGUCCCUUGUCACAAACUGGUGGUUACGGCGGACCAAAGGAUGAAUCGGCGGCCGGCGGAUAUACCGCCGACGAUAAACUCUCCGACGUACAAUCCAACGCCUCAGCCCGGUCUGGCGGAGGUUCUACGCCACAACAUAGUGAGGAACACGGCCUGGUGAAUAUAAAAAAAGAAACAACUAGUGAACAAUCUGGUGAAAGUAAUCCCGGUGAAAACGGAGAUAAUAAAGGCGGAGGUGGCAGAGAAGAAGGAGAUGAUGGAACUAGUAAAAUAAAAACAGAAACUCUGGAAGGUUUUAAUUACGAAGAAGCUCCGGGUAGCAAGAGAUACCCAGCUCCCAGUAAUCAGGCGCUACUGGAGAACAUGAACCUGGACUCAAUCCCAGAGCUCCCUGACAUUCCCGAGCUUAAGUACGAGGAUAUGAUGGACCGGCGACACAUGCCGGGCAAACAGGCAGACGUUCAUAAGCAGCCCCAGUCCCCUCCCUCGGGAGAAGAGGGUGGAAUGGGUAACCAUGGUAUGGAGUAUAUGGAUGAGAACAAGGAGGAAGGAUAUACAGAUGCUAUGAGCUGGCAUAUGCAAGGUUUAGAGCCUGGUUACCCCCCUCCUCAUCAUCUACAGUAUCCUAAUCAACAACAGAUGUGGGCAAACUUCUAUAAUCCAGGCGGGGCUCCAUCAGAGGAACAUAAUGGGGGCAGAUAUCCUGGUCCCAUGUCCCCACACAUGGGACUGGAGGGAUGGUGGCAGGGAGGUCCUCAUCCCGGUCCAGAUAUGGGACCGUACAGAAUGGGAAGUCCUGGUUUAGGGCCAGCUCCUGGACCCUGGGCUAUGAGAGGACCACGACCACGGGGAGAAAGAAGGGGACCUGGGCGACCCCGUCUAACCUCGAAAGGGGAGAGAGGGGCUCGACCUCGGAAUCCGAGUACCCCCGGAGCCUCCCCAUAUUACGGUGGACCAGAUGGCCUUCCCCCAGAUAUGCUCGGUUCUCCGUCAGAAAUGAAACGGGGACCAGGAAGGCCGAAGGCAAUGCUUGACCCGAACGCUCCUAAGGUGCCUGGAGAGACAACCAAAAAUGGGAACAAGAAGAGAUACACAUGUGAAGUCUGUCAGAAAAGGUUUUCAACCGCAUGGUAUGUCAGGGUACACCGACGCUCGCAUAACGGAGAACGACCUUAUGUUUGCAACAACUGUGGUAAAGGGUUUAUGCUUCCUAACGUACUGCAGGUCCAUCUACGGAAAUGUGAGAAGAACAACCCACCCGCAGGUGGUUCAGUGGGCGGAACCGGUCCACAGGGGCCUAUAGCUGCCACGCCUAGAGCCAAGGAUUUAGCUCCAAACAACUCACCCAGCCAAACAUCAUCUCCCAAUCUGUCAGGACCUCCAAACUUUGGGUUUCCUGAUCCAGGAGCAGCACAGAACCAUCAGUUUCCGGGCAUGGGUUCCUUUAACCAAAGAUACAUGGGUGGUAUGACCCCUCCUCAUAUGUCGGGCCAACCAGCCUACAACCCUGGCCUGGGUCCAGAUGUACCUCUCUCUCAAUCCUACGGGUCGGAACAUCAAUCCCAUGGAUACGGUAUCCCGGAGCAUCCUAGGCUAGAUCGUUCUCCCCAUCAUCAGUUCUCUCCUAACUACUCUCCAGGGAGUAGCUUACCUCCCUCCAGCGAAGCAGAUCAUCAUUUUUUAGCCAUUGACAAGCCUCUAGACAAAGGGGGGACAGAGUCGAACCACAGUGGGUCCGAUCCACCCAACUACUGUAUGACCUGUGACCUUAGUUUCGAGGAUAAAACCGUAACUGAGGAGCAUCUUAAACAACACCGUCCCUUCUCCUGUGAAAUUUGUGAGAAAAGGUUUUCACAAAAAUGUAACUUAGUAACGCACAUUCGACUACAUACUGGUGAAAAACCUUACAACUGUGACUUCUGUGACAAAAGAUUUACACAGAAAGGAAAUCUGGACGCACACAUCAAAACUCACACUAAAGAGAAACCCUUCCAGUGCACAUUGUGUCCGAAAAGGUUUGCUUUCAAGUCAUCGAUGCAGACCCACCUCAAAAACCACCAAAACGGUACACUCGGACUUGAUGUUGAUGAAGACGACAUUGAGACGAUCAAAUUGCACGCUCGAAUGCAGCACAUGGAUCGCGCCGAUUUCGAGAUGGAUUAUCACAGCGAGGAGUUCGAUUCAAAUCCUGCCACUUCUCCCUCUAUCUCCCCGCCGGCGGAGUAUGGCGGUGAAGCCAUUAUUCACAAUAGAAUAUCAAAUCCGGUGGAAGCUGACAUAUCAAAAUUUCCAGACUCCAGGCAGACAUUGGCAAUGCUUCAGUGAGACCAAUGUCGUCUUUGCUCUAGUUUUAUUAAUUUCUACACUACCGCACCAUACUGGGGGGGUGCAGGAGAAGAAUACAAUGUUUCUAGGUUUAUCAUAUGUUCCUUAACAUCGGGUUAUCAAGUAAUUAUACUCGACGUCUAAUGUAUACUAUCUGUUUUCUUUUUUUAGACUAUUCCCGUUAAUUGUUUCACAGUUACAAGUUCCUUUUAUAAUGUGUCAAGAUUAUUUGCUUAAUGCUAACAUUGUUCCUAUUUGAUUCCUUUUUAGAUUUAAGAUAACUUUAAACCAACCUAUGGUUCGGGUACUCAAAGUCAAUGUAUUGAUAUAAUUAUUAGUUUUUGUCAUUUUAUUGGUUUUGUAAAAGAGAACAUUAUUGAAUCUCUGUAAGAUCUGAACACGCGUGUUGAAAACUGUAAAACUGGGUCUAAUUGUAAAACUGUAGUCUUGAACGUUUAAACGUGUUUUUUUCUCACUAAUGCGAGACAUAAUUUCUAAGUCCUUAAAAUGGGUGUAAAUCUUCUCAAAUUAUUGCCAAAAUUCUGUGAUUUUAAAAUAAUCUCUUUCUGGUUUGAGGGCACGCUUGUGCCAAACUUUGAGUGUUUGAAGAAAAAUCUGCAAAAACGAAACUUUUUCUGAAAAAUCCUUAAUUUAAAUGUUACUCUAAAUUGAAACAAUUGUAUCUUUAAUAUUUAAAGGUACUUAAUAUUCAAUCUAUUCAAAUAACGACAAGGAUUAGCUUUUAGUUUUGCAGAUUUUUUUUCACGCAUCUUGCAACAUCUGGUCCGAAAUCCUGGUGACUUUUUCAGAUUUUUAAUGGCGACAAAACUAACCUAUUUACUUAGAUACAAAAACAAUUUGUAAAUAUUGACAAUGUGUGGGUUAAAACAGGGUGUGCUCAAACUAUAUCUUUACUCUUUAUUAAUAAAUCUAGAACACCCUGUGAUAAAAAGGUUGUUUUUUCUUGUUUAAUCACCUUAGAACCCCAAACCUCGCUCUUUUUCGAUAAUCAAUCGAAUCGUUUCAAAAAUGUGAUAUUUUUUUCGAAACUUUAGUCACUUUUGGGCCGAAUUUUUUCAUUUUUUUUCAAAAACUUUACCGUGUUUUGUGCCUUUUACUACUUUUCCCUUGAACUAUAGUUUUUAACCUAUAAAUUAUCAAUAGAAUUCAUAAUAUGUAAUCAUAAAUAGUAUAAAAAAAGAUAUUUGGAUGAUUUUCAACACUUGGAAAAUGACAUUUUUUUCGUGAAUAUUUUUUCCGUUAUCCAGAAUUAUGAAUUUUUCAUACAUGCGUGAUAUCAGCUGCAGAAAAACAUGUUAAUUCGUUAGAUUUAUCCUAGUCUCUAAAGGUGUAUUCAUAAGAAUGAUAAGAUAUUAACUUUUUUUGUCGAAAACGUCAUAAACAGUUGGCAGUACUAAAGUUGGUUUUUUAAAGAUUGACACUUAUAUCUUUAUCAUUGGCUUGCUUACAACUCUAACCCUAACUCUCUCCUGAUCUGAAAUUUUGAAUAAUUAAUAUCGGAUCGAUAUUUGUAUAUAGAAAGGGCGCCAGGCAUGUAUAAACAUGAAAACUCUACUAAACACCCUCAUAACACCUUUAUUAUUCAUGUGAAACCAGUAGAAGAAACCGAGGAUAGUCAGAAAUCCACCAAUAAUUCUGAGAAAAUCAUCCAAAUAUCUUGGAAGUAACAUUUCAAAUUAAAAAGAUCUGCUGCAAAGAAACGGGGGUUUUCUCACGCGGCAUUUUGCGCUGAAAACUCUCCCGCCUUUUUUUGCAGAAGUUUUGCAUAUAUAAAUUUCAAUGCAUGUUGGUGAAUUAUUCAAUCAAUAGUAUUUUAGGAUUAUUUUUCCUAAAUAGAAAAUAUUAGAUUUUAAUCAUUUCUUCUAAAAGUAUGAUUCACCAAUUUACAAUAGUAUUAUUACAAAAUGUAUCUAUAGCCUGGGCAAUGUAAGUAAAUUCUGCACUCCUAACCUGACAGUUUCAGCCCAAAAAUAUAAACAAUUUCUCUCUUUUAUUCACUUAAAAAUACUCAGAAUAGGAGUAAAGUACAAAUACCCAAAAUUUCUCUUGGUUAAAAAAGACAGCUUAAUCUUAGUUUCGAAUUUAACAAUUUCCUAAUUUGUAAUCUACGUACAGGGUUUUAGUAAAGACUUUUAAGAUAAUUUAAAGAAAAUCUACCUUGCUCAAAUACUGUUAUGAAAAAUCAAAUAUAAGAAUAUUUUA